AUGGAGGCAGAUGCGUUUCAAGGAAGGAUGGGGUUGGUGUACACCGCAAGCAGAAGAAGAUUGAUUAGAAUCUACAAUGUCGAUCAUGAAGUUCUCAAAGCGUUCAAAGGAUCGGGAAUCGAGAUCAUUAUCGGGCUAGGAAACAAAUUCUUGAGAGAUAUAAGCAAAACCCAGGAUCGAGCCACGGAUUGGGUGAAAAACAACAUCGAACCCUUCGUCCCCGGGAACCAUAUCCAUGGAAUUGCAGUCGAAAAUGAGGUUCUAGGCGGCGGCGAUCAGGAACUCUGGGAGGUCUUGCUACUGGCGGUGAAAAACACCCACAUCGCUCUUGACCUCCUACACCUAGACAAUGAUUUUGAGGUUUCAAGCCCACAUUAUGAUGGUGUAUUUGCUAGUUCGUUCCCUCCAUCAGCCAGGGCGUUUAAGGAAACCCUAGUUCGCUCCUUCAUUAAUAAGAUUGUUCAAUGA